AUGGAACGUGAAAUUCCUAUGAAUAUCGAACUCAAACAGCUUAUCAACACCGGUACAGGUAGUGGUGAUUGUCAAAUAUCUAGCACAUCAGAUUUUGAAAAUGGUACAGACUUGAAUGGUUUCAUAGAAGUUGAAAGCAAUGAAGAAGAGUCAGAAGAAGACACAAGACCUAGUGAAAAGGCUGAUUCAAUCCAUUCCAGAAUGUGUCAAGAACUGAUUCCCGUAGUUAGUAUGGAGUUUGCAACAGAAGAUGAUGCAUUGGCCUUUUACAAUCGUUAUGCAUAUAGAUUUGGUUUCGGUACUAGAUUAAGUAUAUCACAUACAUCUUCCAGUGGCUUACUGAGGGAUAGACUUUUUGUUUGCUCGGCUGAAGGUAAACGUGGAAAAGACAAGCGAAAUCUGUAUGUCAAAUCUCAUCGUGCUGAGACCAGAUUUGGUUGUAGAGCAAGGAUGAAAAUUAAGUAUGAUCUGAAGUCUGGAAAGUAUACUGUUGUGGAAUUUUUUGCUGAUCAUACUCAUGUGACUUCAACUCCUAGCAAGACCCAUCGUUUUAGGUCUCAUAGGAAAAUCUCUAUUGCUCAAAAUGUUCAAGCUGAUAUGGCUGAAGCUUCAGGACUCAAUCCGAAAGAAACUCUUGAGCUAUUGAGUCGACAAGCAGGUGGACGUGAGCAUUUGGGAUUUAUUCCAGAAGAUUAUAGGAAUUAUUUACGUUCAAAGCGAACAAGAGAAAUGAAGUGUGGGGAUACCGGUGGUGUUCUGGAAUAUCUACAAAGAAUGCAAUUGAAUAAUCCUAGUUUUACUUAUGCUAUACAAGUUGAUGCGAAUGAGUUGAUAACCAAUAUCUUCUGGGCUGAUGCAAAGAUGAAGGUAGACUAUGAUUACUUUGGUGAUGUAGUAUGUUUUGAUACCACCUACAGGAAAAACAAAGAAGGAAGGCCAUUUGCGAUGUUUGUUGGAGUGAAUAAUCAUAAGCAAACACUUAUAUUUGGUGCUGCAUUGUUAUAUGAUGAGACUGCUGAAACUUUCAUGUGGUUGUUUGAUACCUUUGCAAAUACAAUGUCUGGGAAGAAACCAAAGAGCAUAUUGACAGACCAAGAUGCUGCAAUGGCUAAAGCCUUAGCUUCCCAAUGGCCAGAAACACACCAUCGACUAUGCAUUUGGCACAUAUAUCAAAACGCAGCUAAGCAUCUUAAAAGUGUCUUUGAGAAGUUUAAUGAUUUUGCUGAAGACUUUAGCAGUAUCAUAUAUGAUUAUGAAGAUGUUGAAGACUUCUUAAUUGCUUGGAAGAAGAUGCUUGAAAAGUACAAUCUUCAAGAAAAUACAUGGUUAGGCCGGCUAUUUGAUUUGAAGGAGAAAUGGGCUUUAGUUUAUGGGCGAGAAACAUUCUGUGCAGAUAUUACCACUACCCAACGCAGCGAAAGCAUGAAUAAUGUUGUUAAAAAGUAUGUGAGUUACAAGUAUGAUUUGCUGCGAUUUUUUCGUCACUUUCAGAGAUUGGUUGAUGAUCGUCGUUAUAAUGAGUUAGUAGCUGAUUUCAAAGCAAGUCAGACCACCCCUGCAUUGUCAUUCCCAGUGAAAAUAUUAAGGAAGGCAACAAAGGUGUACACACCAGCAGUGUUUAAAUGGUUCCAAGUUGAGUUAUGUAAAGCUCAUGAUUGCACCUUGAGGUUAUUCAGUGAAAUUGGAACAAUGCACAUAUAUGAAGUUACCGCUCAUGGAAAGCGUUUCCACCAUAUUGUAACAUAUGACUCAGCCGAUAAUACUAUCUCAUGCAGCUGCAAGAAGUUUGAGUUUUCUGGAAUUUUGUGCUCACAUGCUUUGAAGGUUCUGUCGACAAAUAAUGUGAAGACCAUUCCUAGCCAAUACAUCUCAAAGAGAUGGACAAAGGAUAUUAGAGAUCAAAUGCCAAAGGUGUCAUGUCCAAAUGCGAAUGAAGAUGACUCAAAUGCAAAAAUAGCAAGUCGUUACAGAGAAUUGGCUCGAUUACAUACUGAACUUGCAACAGUUGCUGCUGAAUCUGAUGAAGCUUAUGAAAUUACUGUGGUGGCCCUUCACAAGACAUUAGUUGAUGUUAAGGCAUCUUUAAAGAAGAAGACCAGUCAAGAAGCACCAAAAGCUACCUCACCGAUCAACAAUAGUGCACUUGAGGUUAUUACUAAUGAUAUUGAUGAUCAUAGGGUGAGAGGAAUCAAGGUUAAAGAAAGAAUUGUUCGGAAGGAGGAUUCUAUAAGACCAAAGAAUGCUUUGGAAAAGCUCUUAGGAAGUAAAAGGCAUAGGAAAGAAGUAAAUACUUCACCCAGACACCAGAAGGAACCAGAAUUAAAUCAUACCAAUGAGAACUCCACAUGUGUUCCUACUACACUAGUUGAUUCCACAAGUGUUCAUGCUUCACAAAAUUUAGUGAAUGAACAGGAGGUCAAUGUUACAACGUCUGGUAUGGACAUAUGCAUUAAAGAUAGAGUUUUACCUCAACAAUUACAUUUUCUUCAGAAUCCUCAAUCUACCAUGCAUGCUACAAUGGAGCAGUACAUGAAGCAUAAUCAUGGAGCUCAAUAUUCAGAGGUGACAUUCUUUAGCUUUGGUGUUGUCAACUUGCUUUCUGAAGCUAACUAUGCAUAA